AUGGAUUUUCAUGACAGCGCUAGCGCGUCGUCGCCAAAUGAAGAGAUUUCGUCUUUUUCCUGCUCAUAUGACGAGCUGCCGUCGCCGUACGGCUGCAUCUCGCAUUCGACGGAGGACACUGUCUUCAUUAGCACGAACAAGUUGCUCUGGGUGAACUCCGGUGCGCAGCUCAUCAUAAUCCUCGUUGGCCUGAUCGAUUUCUUCCUCGCCAACUUGUAUUUCUUCAUUAGGCGGCGGCGCAACGAGGAGCGACUGGAGCGUUCUCGUGCCUCCCGGCAGUCUUUGCGCGUGAACGAGGACGAGCAUAUGGGUGACUCACCUAGUACGGGCUUCUCCCGAAGUCAAGCGCUGCAUCGUCGACUGAAAUCUGUCUCGGAGCUGAACGGGAGGUGCUGUGGCUGCGGGAGAAUCGCUGACACGGUGCUGCUGCCUUGCAAACAUGCCGUGUGCUGCUACUCGUGCUCCGACCACGCCACUCACUGCCCCUUCUGCAAGGAAGCCUGCGAAGACCGCCAACGACUCUUUGCGGUGUAG